AAGGAGGCAAGACUACUACCCCGACAGUGAACGCCUCCUUAACACUUGCUCCCCAGGCGGUUCCCACUCCCCAGCCGGGCCCCGCCCUAGUUCAAUCAAUCAAGAAAAUCAAGAGUACGAAGGCCUUGUGCGGUCUGGAUGGUCUUUCCACGUCUCACGUGCAGUUAAGCCAGUCACACUCCAUCCACCCUACUCGCCAUGGAAAAUUAUUUGUUCAGCAGGAAUUAACAAGUCAAAUACAGCCAUAUAAAGCCCCCCUCCGACGUGCCAGGUUUGCCUCCGGAAAGCAGCCACCAAAACCACCAGCAGCCCGUCCGCGCCGGGAAACGCGCCCUCGCUGGGUUGGCGGGCCACGCGGACAGUUCUAAAUCCCUUUCCCCGUAACGCAGACGCACACCUGCCUUCCCUUGGGAAACAGCGGCCCAACGUGCGCCGGCAACGCGUAAAGCGUCAACAGCUGAAACCCUCGGAAUCCGCGCCAAACAGAAACAACCACCCCUGCCAGCUGCGCGCUCGGGGGAAAAGACGUUGAGCCCCUGCCGAUUGCCGGUUUCCGGGGGCGCGAGCCCGGAUCUCAAGUGGUCAGUCCCGGUACGCAGCCACGGCGAGGACCCGGCGCUGCGAAGGGAGAAGGGAAGCCGUUUCCCGCGGGCUUCAUAGAGCCACCGUAUUAAGACAGCCCGAGUCGCGGACAAGUCCAACAGGCAGGCGGAUCCGCGGGCAGCCCGCGUGCGCGAGGACCCCGGUGGCGGCGCUGGGUGGCGGGAAGGAGGAAGUUUCAAAGCCAGGUGGCCUGGUUGUGGCCUCUGGGCGAGAUGAAGCUACAGUGUGAGGUGGAGGUGAUCAGCCGGCACUUGCCCGCCUUGGGGCUUAGGAACCGGGGCAAGGGCGUCCGAGCCGUGUUGAGCCUCUGUCAGCAGACUUCCAGGAGUCAGCCGUCGGCCCGAGCCUUCCUGCUCAUCUCCACCCUGAAGGACAAGCGCGGGACCCGCUAUGAGGUGCGUGAAGUGGUCAGGCCCUGUCAGCCUCGCGUUCUUCUUGGAAGCCGAGACGCGGGCCGCCCUCGGUCCUCAUGCGCUCGCCUGCUCCCGAGGCGAGAGCCCGCCUUGGGGGUUCCUGAACUCCCAGCCCUGAGACCUACUACCAACCCGACCCCAGGGUCCUGUGCGUCUUCCUACGGACCCGAAAGAAGAAAGCUUUUGAGAGUGCACCUUUUCGAUAUUUUUCCUCCCCACUUUUACGACUUUGAAUUUACAGUGUUGCUAUUUAGUAGUGGAUGGCAAUCCCGCCUGUUUCAAGCUUCUGAAAUUUUGCGUGAAACAACUGCAAAUGAAGCCGCUGUCCAAUUCGGGAACAGUAAAAUAACUGCACUUCUGUUCAUGGAAUUUAUAAUUCUACAACUUUUAUUUAUUCAGGCCAAUUCCAGCAGUUUAAAAGGUUUCCUUUCAGCUGUGAGACUGGCUCAUAGAGGCUGUAAGGUUGAUAUACCAGUUUCAACACUCACACCAGUGAAGACUUCAGAAUUUGAAAACUUUAAAACUAAAAUGGUUAUCACAUCCAAAAAAGACUAUCCUCUAAGUAAGAACUUUCCAUAUUCCUUGGAACAUCUUCAGACUUCUUACUGUGGGCUUGUUCGAGUUGAUAUGCGUAUGCUUUGCUUAAAAAACCUUAGGAAAUUAGACUUGAGUCACAACCAUAUAAAAAAGCUUCCAGCUACAAUUGGAGACCUCAUACACCUUCAAGAACUUAACCUGAAUGACAAUCACUUGGAGUCAUUUAGUGUAGCUUUGUGUCAGUCUACACUCCAGAAGUCACUUCGGACUUUGGACCUCAGCAAGAACAAAAUCAAGGCACUCCCUGUGCAGUUUUGCCAGCUCCAGGAGCUUACAAAUUUAAAACUUGACGAUAAUGAAUUGAUUCAAUUUCCUUGCAAGAUAGGACAACUAGUAAACCUUCGCUUUUUGUCAGCAGCUCGAAAUAAGCUUCCAUUUUUGCCUAGUGAAUUUAGAAAUUUAUCCCUUGAAUACUUGGAUCUUUUUGGAAAUACUUUUGAACAACCAAAAAUCCUUCCAGUAAUAAAGCUGCAAGCACCAUUAACUUUAUUGGAAUCUUCUGCACGAACCAUAUUAUAUAAUAGGAUUCCAUAUGGCUCUCAUAUCAUUCCAUUCCAUCUCUGCCAAGAUUUGGAUACCGCAAAAACCUGUGUUUGUGGAAGAUUCUGUCUGAACUCUUUCAUUCAGGGAACUACUACCAUGAAUCUGCAUUCUGUUGCCCACACUGUGGUCUUAGUAGAUAAUAUGGGUGGUACUGAAGCACCUAUUGUCUCUUAUUUCUGUUCUCUAGGCUGUUAUGUAAAUUCCUCUGAUAUGUUAAAGUAAUGGGUGAGACCAGAAAAAGGAAUUUCAAUAACAGAUCAGUUUGGGAUGCAAGUAUGAUUUUGCGACAUCAAAUUGGAGUAAGGGAAGAUUUCUGUAUAGUUGCUGGAGAGGAGGAAUGUGUAUAGUUACUCAUUUGACUCCAAAACUUUUAUUAAAACCAAUUUUAAUUUCA